AGUCAGUCACUGGACGACCGGCGCAUCGCACGCGCGUUCGCCCGCGCCUCCCGUGUUUAUGCUCAGUGCCAAAGGCUUAUGAUUCAAGCUCACGUGUGCUUACUCUAAACUAUGGACGAAUCUAAUAUGGUGACUGUUCUUUUCUGAGAGUUUGGUCGAUUUUACCGGUUUUUGCUGGACUGAUAGCAGUGGUGACGCUUAAUUGGCUCGGUGCUCGGGAUAUUUGAGGAACCUGUCGGCCGAAAACAAAGCAGUUACCGAAGCAUCGACUCGAUGAUCGCGUGCAAGGAGGCGAGCCUCCUGCGCGGAUGAAUUAAAAGGAGUCGCGCGGAGAUUGUGGCGAGAAGCAGCAGCAGUACACAGCAUCAGAAGCAUAGAUCGUCCGAGUCCGCAAUUGAGCGUUUGUUCGUGGCAAAUUGAGGCUGAACCGCAGGGGAUGCGAGUGCUGAGGGAGGAGAAUGUCUUUGGGCCGAGCUUGGGGGUCGAGGCUCAUACUGACGCUGGCGACCGCCACGAUCGUCAUAGCGAACCAUCAACAUCGACAUCGCUACGCCUUCUCAUACUUCCACGACAGUUAUACAGAUUCUCGUAAGCUGUCGAAUAACAUUACGCGAUCUUUCGAUGACUUCAAAUCCAGCAACUACCAUCACCAGCAGCAUCAGCAGCUCGGCGGCGUCGGUCCUUUGAGAGUUCCGCACCUGAGGCACCAUCACACCGUACAUAGAGGCCCUUACUUUGAGAAUGCCGAAGGCCAAGAGAUCAAUGACUCGCAGAACGUCGCGCAUCUUGGUGACACCGCUCUUCUCGAUUGUCGGGUCGUGAUGCUCUCUGGUAAAAUGGUAAUGUGGGUACGACAGAGUCCGGACAAGGCCCUCCUCACUGUCGGCGAACACACGCACAUCGCGGAUCCGCGCUACGCGGUGCGUUUCAAGUACCCAAACAAUUGGCGACUAGCGAUCUCGGCAAUCCAGAAGGAGGACCGUGGCUUGUACGUCUGCCAAGUGAACACGCACCCACCGAGGAUGCUCGUGACUAACGUUACCAUUCUAGCACCGGACAUCAGAAUUGUGGACGAGGCGAACCACGAGCUGCGUGACCGCUAUUAUAAAACUGGAAGUAUCAUUGAGCUGACGUGCAUGGCUCGGCCGUCGCGGCCCGGCUCAAAAGUGCCCCAUCCAGUUUGGAAGAAAAAUGGCGAAACGCUCCCAGAUCACGUCAACGUUUAUCAUACCAACGGAACGGACAACGAAUUAUUGACGAGACUGCGAAUCGAGCACGCAAAGAAGAGCGACAGCGGUGAAUUUUCCUGUAGCAUUGGCCAGUUCAGCACGACGGUGGUGAAUAUUCACGUGCUCAAUGGCGAAAAGCAGGCUGCUGUGCAUCACGAUCAGUGGAAUUCAGCGAAAUCCAGUCUCAGCCAAGCGCCAAUGCUACCCAAACUUCUCUCCAGUCUCGUCUUGCUGCUGUCUACGCUAAAUGUCUGUUGUGAACUCUCCUAGAUUAGAGCUUCGCGAGAAUAAUUAAUGCGUUAUGAAGACGGCUCGUUAUAAUAAAGGAUACGAAUUCGCACGGCCUAUGUGCAGUGUGAUGGAUGAGAAGAGAUGACAAAGUUGUGGAAAAGAUGAGGAUUUGUCGUGCGUUAAAUUAAAACAGUAUUAUUAUUUACACAUGGCGAUUGUGAGCUGAUUCCGUGUAACCAUGAAAAUUUUAAUAUUAAGACAUAUCAUGUAUCGUCUCCCCGAGGCAGUACUGGCGUUUUUGAAUGAAUACGUCGUUUACACAUUUUUGCCAAUUACGUAAUGACAUUGUUUGUAUAUACCUUUUUGUACCUUAAGUAUACUGAUAGUUAAACAGAGAAUUAUCCUAAGACCAUCUCGAGAUUAUUAACUACUAUAAGUUAUAACUGUUGUAAUGUUAAAAGUACAUAACUAUAAGCUUUGCAAAUUUCUUUUCAUGUUACGAAUUUGAACUGCCAUAAAUGUUAUAACGCAUUUAUAUUGUGCAGGUACCUUUGUAAAAGCAACAAAAGACUUUAUUAAUCUUAUAGAUUAAAAAUUUUCGACAUUAAUUUAAUAUUAAGAAGUAUAUAAAUAUCUUUGAUACAACUCGUUCUACUUAUAUUUUAAAUACUAUAAUUUUGCUGGAUAUACUUAUUGAAUAUUGUUUUCGUAUUAUAAAGAUUCAAAACUAUAUUUUCUUUUAGUAUGAAUUAUUUUGAUAAAUUGCAAAUGUGGAUAAUUAAUGCAUAGUUAAAAAAAAACAUUAAUUCAAAGACGACUGCACUGCCUUAAUUGGAACCAAGUAUGAUUCCUGUAUAAUGAAUUGUAAAUAUAAAAAUUAAGAAUUUCCGUAAAUGAAAAAAAAAAAUCAAGAUUGUGCCGAUGGAUGAUUGAAGUUUAUGUAAAAUAUUUUCUUGAAACCACACUUUGUCCGGCCAUGUCCGCCUGUUUAUAAAAUACUAAAAUAUAUAUAUAUAUAUAUAUA